AUGAUGAAUUACACAACGCCCACAAGUCACUCCGAACUUCCUCCUCUCCCAGCCUACACACUCACACCUCGACCUGCUCUCAUUCCCUGGAUUUCUGAUAAGACUCUUACAGUUGUGUCCCCAAUCAUUGCAUACUGGUUACUUUCUGGCUUCUUCCAUUGGAUAGAUACAAAAGACUUCUUCCCGCAAUAUCGACUUCAUACACCCGCUGAAAUCUUGAAAAGAAACCGGGCCUCACGAUGGGAGGUUUUCCGAGACGUUAUCAUACAGCAGGUGGUGCAGAUGCUUACCGGAAUGCUUCUGAAUCUCACAGAGCCGGACGAUUUCAUCGGGAAAGACCAAUACGACAUUGCUGUGUGGGCUAGGCGUAUAAGAUUGGCUGAGCGAGCAAUUCCAAAUGUACUGUCUUGGAUUGGAAUCGACGCAAUGCAAUUGGGCAAGAAUUUGGGUGCUGGUCAUCCUAUCUUAGCCGGCGCGUUGUCAGGGGGCCACUACGCCCAUCUCCGAGUUGUGUCACCCCUCUCCAGUGGUAUUAACGCAACAAUCCCUACUUUCGCUCCUUGGGAGCUCCUCUGCGCAAAGACUUUGUAUUGGCUCUUGAUACCAGCCAUUCAAUUUACAGUCGCAAUCAUAAUACUCGAUACCUGGCAAUAUUUCCUCCACCGUGCUAUGCACCACAACAAAUAUCUCUACACCACAUUUCACUCACGGCAUCAUCGGCUCUACGUACCUUACGCCUACGGUGCCCUCUACAACCACCCGUUUGAGGGCUUCCUACUUGAUACGCUGGGCGCUAGCAUAGCAUUCAAAGUUGCUGGAAUGACGACAAGACAAGGCGGUCUGUUUUUCUCUGGCUCUACGUUCAAGACCGUAGACGAUCACUGCGGGUACGCUCUGCCCUGGGAUCCGUUACAGCACAUCACAGGAAACAAUGCUGGCUAUCACGAUGUGCACCAUCAGAGUUGGGGUAUCAAGACCAAUUUCAGUCAGCCAUUCUUCACUUUCUGGGACCACAUUUUGGGAACCAAGUGGGUCGGAGGUGACGUCAGCGCCCGAUAUGAGAAGAGCAGAAUCGCUGCCCAAAAAGCUAUGGAUACAGAUCAAACUAAACCUGUGACUGGCUCAGAUCCCAAAUUAAGCAAGUUGCAAGCGAUUGAACCGUAUCAGCAUGAAAUGAGAAACGCGAAGGACUUAUCCUCAGUGUCGAUCAACGAGCAGCAGCCUCGGCCACCAAGUGGCAAAGCUGAGUUCCAAGCAGCUGGAUCGCGACAACAGAUUUUGGAUGAUCAGCGUGACGGCGGUCGCGGUGUUCUAGUAGAGGAAGCGAGAGAGGAAAGGGAAGCACAGACACAUGCUAAACAGAGCUUGAGGAGGAGAGCGACUAGCUCAUCAUUCGCAACUGACAGUCUUAAAGGCCUGAGUCAGAAGCUGACCGGUGGAACCUGCAUGACUGGCAUGGGAAGUCAGUAG